UGCCGCACCACCCAGCUUUAAAAAGCUCCUCAACGUCGACUUUAACCUUUAACUUCAACGACGACCUCGACAACGACAACGACGUUAAGCACGAUGACAAUCUAUUACUCGCUCACAUUCCUGCUCCUAGCAGCAGAAAUGAUAACAUUCUGCCUGCUCGUAUCCCCACUCCCUUUUACAGUCCGCAAAAAACUUUUCCGUUUCCUCUCUGAAAGCCCCAUCAUCGCCAAAGUCGCGUAUGGGCUCAAGAUUUCCUUCAUCUUCGUAGGCAUUCUCUUCCUAGACGCCCUCCAACGCAUGUUCCGCGUAACAGCCGAAACCGAAAUGGCAAAAACAGGCAGCCAGGGCAUGCACGACGUACGAACCGAGACCAAUUUCGCCGCUCGCAAGUUCUACGCCCAACGAAACACUUACCUAACUGGUUUCUGCCUCUUCCUCUCUCUGGUCCUUACCCGCACGUUCUCCAUCAUCUUGGACCUCAUUCACACGCAGGAGGAAUAUGCGAAAUUGAAGAAAGUUGCUGGUGCUGGUGCCAAGGGUGACCAAUCCAAACAAAUCGAAGAACUUAAGAAGAAGUUAGCCGCGAGCGAAGCAAAGGACCGUGACUUUGCAAACCUCAAAAAGCAGGCCGCACAACAGGCUGCUGAAUUUGAUCGCCUUGCGAGUAAGUAUAACGAGGCGAUUGGAGGUGUUUCGGACAAGAAAUCAGACUAGAGGUUCUGUGUAAUUGUCAUGUGUGCUGGCUUUCAUGUUCUUGGUUCUUGAUGAUCAGUCACCCAUCUUUACCGCGGCCUUCCCGCUCAUACUAGUAUAUGCCGCGUUAUUUCUCGGAGCACCGGUAGAACCAAAUGACAAUAGCCAUUGAAUGUAUAUUGAGUAGCGACAUGCAUUUGAAGGGUGCAGUAUGCCUUCUCUAAGAGCUUGCCAGA